AGCACGCACGACUUACCUAAGUAUUAAAUAAUAAAUAUUAAAUAUUGUGUAUCAGUUUUCGUAUAACCAUGUGAUUAUCUGUGAAGUACGUUUAUUAUUUUUUUUGAUUCAAUAUUUUAAUUACUUAAUUUAUGCAAUGUAGGUAUUGACUACUUAGUAGUUAGUACCUUCAGUCUACACUAUAAUAGAAGAUUUCUUAAUCCCGUUUUUGAAAUAAUAAAUUGUCAUUUGUCAAAUGUCUAAUGAUGUGUGAACAACAAUCCACCAGUGAAGUAGUGAAUAUAAGAACUGCCGAUAAUAAACCAAGAUGGUCAUAUAUUAGUCAAUAUUUUGAACAACUCACAGAUACAUCUACCAAAAACUUGAUUUUUAAGUGUCUUCCUUGUGGCCCUAAAGAGAAACGAAUUUCCACAUAAAAUACUUCAAACUCAAAUUUGAGAACUCAUAUUAAAACUAUGCAUUCAAAAGAAUUGAACAACUUUAAUGAUUGUGCAAAAAAAAGAUCAUCAAAGACAAACAUUGUUGAAUCUAAUAAACAAUUAAAUCUGUGUGAAGUGGAUAAAAUACCAGUUAGAAAACUAAUUGAUGGUGAAUUUAACGAUGCCAAUUUACAACUGAUAAUUGAUACAGUAUCUCCAUUUUCCUUAAUCGAGCACCCUGCUUUUAUAACAUACUGCAAAUUAACUUCAAACAAGAUUCCUGUUUCAAGACGAGUAUUAGUUCUUAGGAUUGAAACUUUGUAUGGUAAAAUGAUGAAAGAAAUGAUAACUGAUUUUGAAAAGAUCAAGUAUGUAUGCUUAACUUAUGAUUGUUGGAGUAUAUUUCAUAGAUCAUAUAUUGGUUUCACUAUCCAUUGGCAUAAUCCCGAAACACUUGAAAGUUAUUCUAAAGGUCUUGCUUGUAGGUGUAUUUUUGGACGACAUACAUUUGAUAACUUGGCAGAAUGUAUAGAUAAAGUAAUCAAUGAGUUUGAGCUUAAAAACAAAGUCACUUUAAUAGUUACAGAUAAUGCUGCUAAUUUUGUUAAAGCUUUUAGAUGUGCAGCCCAUACACUUAACUUGAUUGUUACUGUUGAUGCUAAUGAUGCUGAAAAAGAUGCAGCAUAUAAAGCAAUAAGUAAAAAAGUAUUUUCAAAGUGUCAAGCUAUAUUCAAUAAACAAAACCAGUCAGUAUUAAGUUCUGAAAAAAUUAAAGAUCACCUUUAACGUUAUAUUAUUACUCCUAAUGCCACUAGGUGGAAUUCCUUUUAUGAUGCUAUGAAAUGUAUAAUGACCUAUAUUGAUAAGAUAAAUAUACUUUGCAUUGACUUAAAGUUGCCAUCUAUAUCAUCACCUCGUGAAGUUUCAUUUUUGAAGGAAUAUUGUGAUGUAUAUUAAUUUUUUACAAAUUGUCUAAGUUUUAAAAUGGUUAUACAUUCCUUCCCAAUAUAAGCUAACACAUAAUAUUAUGAUGAUCCAUUCUAUUAAAUACAUUAUUAAUAUAAAAUAUUAUAGUUUAAUUGUAGGGCUUUAACUUGACAGUUUACACUUAUACAUAGUUUGAAGUUCUUUACAUUUUAAAAGAAUUAUUUAUUUUUUUACAUUUUAUACUUAUUGUAAUGUUUUUUUUAUGUAUAAUGAGAAAUAGCCUAAACUUUUUAUUUUUUUAAUAUUAUAAUCCGAUGCAGAAUACUUUUCUUCCAGUGUAGUUAUAUAAUAUAAAACUAGUUAUAACCAAGCAAUUUAAGAU